CGCUGUAGCUGGAGAGCAGUUGUGAAGGCGGCCGUGGAUGCGGACAGAAGGGGCGCACACAGCGCCGGAUCUCUGAGGAUUAUUGCCGCUGCGUACAGGGGGACCCUCGCUGCGCCCUUUCUGGAGGGACCAAUUCACUGUGGAUAUACUUACGAGAAAGGAGUGAAUAGAGGGGAUUAGGAAAAAAGGCCUGAGCAUCCACAGUCAUGGACAGCGUGAGGAUGUACCUGGUCUGUGGCGUUGCCAUUGUGUUGAUGGUUUCAGUUACGCCUGGACUGUCCGCCCCCACCAUUUGGCCAGCAGGAGACGAGCUGGUGCUGGAGCCCCACUCCAUCAUCAACGUCAGCUGUACGGGCCAAUCAGAAGUGGUCUGGGAAGAACCUCCGGCGGACGACGCCGUCGUUACUUCAAACGGUUUCACCUCAGCUCUCCUCAUUUACGACGCGACGGUCGAGCACACCGGCUAUUACGGGUGCAGGCAUAAAGACAAGGAGGGCGACCAAAACGAUCUGGUGGAAAUCUAUGUCCUAGUCAAAGAUCCUCAGGUCGUGUUUGUCCCAGAGAGAGCAGAGGAGCUGCUCGUUCCCUACGAGGUUGAUUUGAUCAUCCCAUGCCGAGUGACGGCAAAGACCCACGACGUGGAACUAAUCCGAGUCCCCGGCGGAGAGAAGCUCCACAGGUACUACGACUACAGAGUGGGCUUCAUGGGCGACCUCUCUCCUGGCCAGUACAGGUGUGAGGCCACAUUUAAAGGCCAGACUUUCCAAAGUGACAUCUACACCGUAAUGAGUUUGGGAUCCACGGAGGUGAGCGACUUUCAGGUGGAAGUCAAAGCCAGCGCGGAGACGGUGCGAGUCGGGGAGCCCUUUAACGUCUCCUGCAUCGGACCCUCUGGCCCAGCCUUCCACCAGCAGUGGAUCCAUCUGAAAACACAGGCUGUAAAUGCGAUUCAGACGACGGAAAGUCUUCCUGACUGGGUUAUCUACACUCUGAGCGUCCCGCGAGCCGCCGCUCAGGACGGCGGCCGCUACGAAUGCUCGGUCAGGCACGAGGCCAGUGGAAAAACCAGGGUGAGCAGCGUGGCUGUGUCUGUGUUUGGGGGAAACUCCUUUGUCACCCUGGACCACAGAGGGAUUCUGAAGAUGGAGUCCGUUGGCAUUCUGGCAGAGACGCAGUACACCAUCUACAUUAAUGCAUACCCGGCUCCGAAAGUGUCAUGGAUGAAAGACGACCAAGCGCUGUCGGAGAACUACUACAUUUCUUCCAAAACUAGCCACAUGGAAGGAAAUCGGUAUCAGAGCAUUGUUACGUUCCGGCAGCCUAUGGAGAAAGACAGCGGAAAUUACACAAUCACAGCCAUAAGCGGCUCUCGCACCGCCCAGUUCUCAUUUAUCCUCCAAGUGGCAGGUUCCACUAGACUUAACCUCAGACCGUCCUUCCCCCCUAUCCUGCUACCGGACGAGGAUGAGAUUGUCGUCCCUCUCCACGAGCCGUUCACGCUGACAUGUCGCGGAGGUGCGAAGCUGAUGUGGGAAACACCGUACGACAUGCUGGAGGAAUCGCAGGAGGACAACAGUGGCCUUUUCGUCACCACCAUCGCUGUUGACGAAGCCACAGCGAUGCACACAGGUUAUUACGUUUGCCUCUACAAUGACCACACUGCAGAGGAAACCAAGACCAGCAGUAUUUACGUCUAUGUGUCAGAUCCCGACUCUUUGUUCGUGCCAAAUUUCAUUAACCAUGUGCCGGUUGACCAAAAUGAGAUCGAGAUUCCCUGCAGGGUGUCUGAUCCAAGUGCUAUUGUGACACUGGUGAAUGUUGACACCAACCAAACCAUACCUAGUGAUUAUGACAGUAAAAAGGGUGCUUUGGGAAUAUUUCCUACUGGAACGUAUGUCUGCAAGGCCAUCAUCAACGGAAAGGAGCACACCAGUGAGCAAUACAUCGUCCAUGAUUCCAUAGAUGUCUUGCACGUCGAGCUGUCUGCCAAAAGAACUGCCUUGCUGGUUGGAGACACAAUAACUGUCAACUGCCUGGCUCAAGGACCUUAUUUACUGGAAGACAACUGGAAAUACCCUGGCAAACCGGCUAAUCGGGGUACCAAAACUGUACGGGAAAAUAAGAAUGAAGGCCAGAUCCUGUACACCUUGACAAUCCCACAAGCCUCAACCAAAGACAGCGGCAUCUACUCCUGCUCCAUUACCGCUGUAGCGUCUAGAGACACCCAGACAAAGGAAAUAGCUAUUCAAGUGUUUGCCGGUGAGUUUUUGUCCAUCAAGCCGGAGUUUCGGGACCACGAAUCUGCUGAGCUGGAUGACGUCCGGGAGUUCAUUGCCACAAUUUCCUCCUUUCCUGAUGCCCAUGUUACUUGGCUCAAGGACGGCGUCCCGCUCAGCGACCUGAUCGCUGAGAUCUCCACCAGUUUGAAGCAGACCAGUGAGACCAGCUACAGAAGUAUUCUCACCCUGAUCCGGGUCAGGGAGGAGGACAGUGGGAACUACACCCUGCGGGUGGAGAACGGAAACCAGAGCCAUGAAAUCAGCUUAAACCUGGUGGUUAAAGUGCCUGCAGUCAUCGUGGACCUCAUGGACAUUCACCAUGGUUCCGCCACAGGACAGUCUGCAGUGUGCAUUACCAGGGGGCAGCCUACUCCUGUUGUGGAGUGGUUCAUAUGCAAGAACAUCAAACAAUGCGCCAAUGACUCGUCUUUUUGGGCGCCUCUACCCACCAACUCAACAGAAAUCACGAUGGAGUCCCACUUCGAUGAGGAGAGCAACCUGGAGAGUCAGGUCAUGUUUGGCCAUCUGAAAAGCACUCUGGCUGUGCGAUGCCUUGCCAAGAAUGAAAUAGGAGCUGUCAGCAGGGAGAUCAAAUUGGUGUCCAAUGGCCCUCACCCUGAGCUGACGGUAGCUGCUGCUGUGCUGGUGCUCCUGGUCAUUAUCAUCAUCUCACUCAUUGUCUUGGUUGUUAUCUGGAAGCAGAAACCACGGUACGAGAUCCGCUGGAGGGUCAUAGAGUCUGUGAGUCCAGACGGUCAUGAGUACAUCUAUGUGGAUCCCAUGCAGCUUCCCUACGACUCCAGAUGGGAGUUUCCCCGAGAUAGACUUGUGCUUGGCCGGAUCCUGGGCUCUGGAGCCUUCGGGAAGGUGGUUGAGGGCACUGCCUACGGACUCAGUCGCUCUCAGCCUGUUAUGAAGGUGGCAGUGAAAAUGCUGAAACCCACGGCUCGCUCCAGUGAGAAGCAGGCUCUGAUGUCUGAGCUGAAGAUCAUGACUCACCUCGGACCUCAUCUCAACAUCGUGAACCUCCUGGGAGCGUGCACCAAGUCAGGCCCUAUCUACAUUAUCACCGAGUACUGCUUCCACGGCGACCUGGUGAACUAUCUGCACAAGAACAGGGAGAGCUUCCUCAGCCCGAGUCCAGAGAAAAACAAGAAGGAGCUGGAUAUCUUUGGGAUCAAUACUGCGGACGAGAACAGCAGGAGUUACGUGAUCCUGUCCUUCGAGUGUAAAGGAGACUACAUGGACAUGAAGCAGGCGGACAACACCCAGUAUGUGCCCAUGCUGGAGAUAAGCACGACCUCCAAGUACUCUGACGUACAGGGAUCCGACUACGACCACCCUCCUUCACAGAAAGACUCAGGCGAAUCCGACAACCUGCUGUCAGACGACAUGAGCGAAGGCCUCACGACCACCGACCUGCUCAGCUUCACCUACCAGGUGGCCAAAGGAAUGGAGUUUCUUGCGUCCAAAAAUUGCGUGCAUCGGGACCUUGCAGCCAGGAAUGUCCUUCUCUCUCAGGGCAAGAUUGUUAAGAUCUGUGACUUUGGGCUGGCCAGAGACAUCAUGCAUGACAACAACUAUGUCUCCAAAGGAAGCACCUUUUUGCCAGUGAAGUGGAUGGCCCCGGAAAGUAUUUUUGACAACCUGUACACCAGUCUUAGUGACGUUUGGUCAUAUGGCAUCCUCCUCUGGGAAAUAUUCACCCUAGGUGGCACUCCGUACCCAGGGAUGGUGGUGGAUUCCAGCUUCUACAACAAAAUCAAGAGCGGAUACAGGAUGUCAAAACCUGAGCACGCGCCGCAAGAUGUGUACGAGAUGAUGAUGAAGUGCUGGAACACAGAGCCGGAGAAGAGGCCUUCCUUCAUGGGUCUGAGUGAAAAUGUGGCGUCUUUGCUGCCCUCCAGCUACAAGAGGCACUAUGAGAAGGUGAACCACGAUUUUCUAAAGAGUGACCAUCCCGCCGUUACUCGAGUCUGCAUCGAGACGGACGCGGACUACGUCGACAUUCCCUACAAGAACCAGGGCAAGCUAAAGGACAGGGAAAGCGGCUUCGACGAGCAGCGGCUGAGCUCCGACAGCGGCUACAUCAUCCCACUCCCUGACCUGGACCCUAUAUCUGAUGAUGACUACGGAAAGAGGAACAGACACAGCUCUCAAACGUCUGAGGAGAGCGCCAUUGAGACUGGCUCCAGUAGCUCCACCUACGCCAAGCGCGAGGGCGAGACCCUGGAGGAUAUCACGCUGUUGGACGAGAUGUGUCUGGACUGCAGCGACCUGGCCGAGGACAGCUUUCUGUGACAGCUGCCCAGCCUCAGCAGGAGUGGCACGGGGCAGAGCUGCAAGGACAGUGGGACACUAGAGUGGGACCUGUAAAUCAGCCAAAGACUCUGGCCGUGACACUCCUUCUUCAAGGACAGAACAAAACCACUUCGCAGUCUCGGUGAGUCCGAGGUGACGUAAGGUACGGCCAUCCCUUCCCCGUGGACGAUGACUCUUUUUUUAUUUUUCGGCAAUGGAGAUGGGGAUGAGCAAUAAAGAAAGAGUGACUGACAGGAUGGAUUCCAAGAGGGAGCAAGUGUUGGUGUUGGACGUAUCCGGAUCAAACAAAUCAGAAAAAAGGAAGAAGAAGAAACAUCUUCCAUUUGAAAAGCUUUAUUGUGUUGGGCAUUCUUUUACCUGCAGUAUAAGCAAGAAGGAACAAAUCGAACGUGUUGGUCAGAAAUUUUGCAUAACUCCUACAACAUACCACUACAAAUGCACUAUUGUUGCUAUACGACUCCAAUACCAGGAACUGUAUUAUGUGGAAGUAGGAACUGUUACAAGGGAAGCACCUGAUGCUGGCACAAUCAGUAGCAAUACUUUGAGAUAAAGCACAACGUUUGGACUGAGUGCGUCUUUUUUUCUCUCUCUGUGACUAUAUAGUGUUCUCAAAUAGCUAAGUAUUUGCAGUUGUUCAAAUUUAUUUUUUUACGUCAUCAGUAUAAGAACAUGUAUUGUUGUGAAACCAAUAGUUAGUAACAGAUCGUAGCUGUCUGAGUGGGUGCAAGAAGAGCUUCUGAGUUGCAUUAGUCUUUGCAUAACCUCUCCGUUUCUGCCCCAAACACACACACACAAAAAAAAGAUCUUCAGCUUUAUUCCAGAUAAAGACCUAGCUCACAUUUGACACGUGGGCCUGUUUUUUGUUUGUUUUUUUUUCCAAAUGAAGUGUGAUUGUAAUGUAAAUAGCUCCAGAGUUGUUUUAUAAGAGAGAAUUACUGGGGGUAAUACUCAAGUAUUGUAUGCGAGUACAAAAAUAAGCUUCUGCAUCCGUAUCUGCUACUAUGAAGACACUGUUUUUAUAAAAUACAUCUGUUAGGUCUACAGAACACCAUGGGGACAUCUCAAUGAAAUGUGUGGAUUAGAACAAAUCAUGGGCUGGUUUGAGAUUCCAGGGUAUCCAUCCAUCUAUUUUCUAACACCCUUGUCCCUAGUGGGGUCGGGAGGGGUGCUGGUGCCGAUCUCCAGCUAGAUUCCAGAGUACAUGCACAAAAUUUCUUAAUUGAAACGUGUAACACGUUAAAAUUAGAUUUCUUUAAUAUAAGUCAUAUCGCUUCAAAUAUUUAAUUGCAUAUUGAUGAUUGAAGUUAUAAUAUUUGUUAUCUAAAACAUUAUUUGUUAAUUUGAUGCAUAGACUUAUGCAAAAAGUAUCAUAAUAAUCAUGACAAAUUUAAUUGUGGCUUUUAAGGGUUUAUUGGCCAGAACAGCAUUUUCUUUUCUUUUAUAGAGCAAGACCAGUUUAAAUAUUUAAACUGCGAACACAGUGAAAUACUUCUAAAGUUGUAGGAAAGUAAACUACCCUUCCUUCAGCCUGCCGAUCGGCAGUGUGCAGCAGCAGGUGGGAGACAUUAGUUAAUGCUCCACAGCUGAAGAACACUUUGAUAACAUCACUGGAAGAAGGACUUUAAGUUGGAAGACUUGUAUGAUGGGAAAUUUUAGCCUUUGAUAUUGAUACCAGCCCAUGCCUUGUUAGAAGACAAACAGCAAUUAACACUUUUUUAAAGAGAUGGAUUGAAGUCCAAGCAGAAGGCUUUCAGCAUUUACAUCCCUGGAAGCUAUAAAAUGAAAUGAAUCAAAGCCAAGGUAGUAUUUAAUCAAACAUAAUACCUGCCAAAGACCUUUUAUCAUGUCGUGUUUCAACUGUCUUUGCCAUUUUGACCUCCAGUAGCUUCUAGCUAGCUCUAAUGAGACAUUACUAUUGAAUUCAAUGUAUUGUGGUACAUCUGUUACAUAUGUUACCCCACCGGCAUCUUCUCGCUUUACUGUACCUCUGCCUCAUCCCGUUGACUGUGAUACAAACUACAAUCAUUGUUGCACUUUGCUUUUUUUUGUCCCAUGUGUCUAAUGUGUUGCAGAUGAAUACGCAAGCAGAACCUAAAAUACUGUAUUCUUCCUUUGCCUCAGCUGUAUAAAGCAGUGUGGAUGUGAGUGUCUGUGAGUGAUGUGUUGAUGAUGGUACUCUAUCUGUAGUCGAAGAUAAUCACACCCAGUAUGACCUUUUAAUAUUGUUUCAUUAUUUGACAUCAUGUACAUUCAGAUGAUUUAUAUUUCAAUAAAUGAUUUAUAAUGUAAACAAA